AUGACCGACGAGUCCGCGACGACGGCGACAACGACAACGACGGCGCCGGCGCCGGCUGGGCGACAACGGCUGCCCCGCGUCACCAUUGAGUAUUGCACGCAGUGUAAAUGGCUCCUUCGCGCCGCCUACUACGCGCAGGAGUUGCUGUCCACCUUUUCCACCGGCCUCGGCGAGGUCGCGCUGCAGCCGUCCACGGGGGGCACCUUUGUCGUCACCGUCACCGCCCAGCGCGGUGACGCCGACGCCAGCGGCGAGGGGAAGGGGGUGCUGUGGGACGCCGGCGUGGUGCUGUGGGAUCGCAAGGUCGACGGCGGGUUCCCGGAGACCAAGGAGCUCAAGAGGCGCGUGCGGGACGUGAUCGAGCCGGGCAGGGACCUGGGGCACGUCGAUCGGGAUCACGCGCGGCCAACGGCGCCGGCUGUUGCGGCUGCGACUGCGACUGUCACGGAGACGCAGGAGACGAAGAAGACAAACAAGACGGGGGAGGCUGGCAAAGAAUGCGAGGACUGCAAGUAA